AUCUUUUUGUGAAAUCGUGGCGCAAGCGUUGAACAGAAAAUACAGAUUGCACCACUCAUCAUGUAUGUAAACUAUGUAUUAGUAGCAGCAAAGCAAAACCCCAUUUGCGUUUGACAUGGAAAUGGCCACUUGUUUCUCUUCCACUUCCUCAUCGUCCUCCUCCGGCCUUGCCACCAAAUUGGGAAGCGGAUGUGAUCAUAUCCCUCAUCAUGCCCAAACCCAAAUCAACGGCUAUGGUUCCUUCUUGGGGUGCCGUCGGAGGAGUAGAUUAAGAGCAGGAGUGGUCGCAGGUGGCUCAGCCUCAUCUUCUACCAAGAGGACUGCUGUCAAUGGCUAUGUGGGUCCAGGCAGCUCCGCAGACAGAUUAAACUCCACUUGGAGCGAUUCUUGUUUGGUGGUACCUCCACCCACUGGCAAGAAGCCUCGCGCCAUCAUCAAAUUCUUGGGUGGUGCCUUCAUUGGAGCUGUUCCUGAACUUACUUACAGCUACUUAACUGAGCUAUUGGCAAAAGAUGGGUUUCUUGUUAUAUCAGUGCCAUACAAUGUGACCUUUGAUCAUGUCCAAGCUGCUGCACAAGUGUAUGAGAGGUUCAAUGCCUGCUUGGACACCAUCUUAGCUUCUGGAUUGCCCAAUGCCAAUCUAUCACCUGCCCAACUUGCUCAACUGCCGGUGUUUUCUGUUGGCCAUAGUAAUGGCGCGCUUCUUCAAGUACUUGCAGGGAGCUAUUUCUCUGAUAAAGUCCCAAAGGCCAAUGCCAUAAUCGCAUACAACAAUAGACCAGCGACAGAGGCUGUGCCUUACUUUGAGCAGCUAGGUCCUUUAGUUAAUCAGAUGGUGCCUAUUGUAGAAGCAUCUCCAGUUUCAUCAAUGGCUAGGACUGCCUCAGGAGAUGCAUGGAAGGCACUGGUUGAUGCAGCCGGAGCAAUGCUACCAGACAAUCAGGAAACUCUAAGUUCGCUGACUAAAUUUGUUGAUCAGCUACCUUCAGUGCUAAAUGAGGUAACGCAAGGGAUAUCGGAAUUUAAGCCAACACCCUCUGAAAAUCGUGUUUUCUUUAAAAGCUCGUACAAUGUCAAACACACACUACUGGUGAAGUUCAAUUUCGACGCAAUUGAUGAGACCUAUACUCUUGAAGAGACAUUGAAGCCUCGUGUGGAAUCUAUUGGCGGGACACUAGAAAAGGUCGAAAUAAGUGGUAACCAUAUCACACCAUGCAUACAGGAGCCAAAGUGGCAAGUAGGGAACGUGUACACUCCAGCAGAUGCUGUUGCUCAGAGUCUCAAGACUCUUUCUCUAAAUGACGUUAGAGUCCUCUCAAGAACCAUAAGCGACUGGUUCAGAGGCUUUGAAGAUUGAGGUGCCAUAGUUUCAAUCAAAUGGUAUGUUGGACUUAUGUCUUAGCCCAAUAGCUUAUUUGUAAAGAUCAUGUUACUUGGAAAUUCCUGAAUUGGGCCGCCAAGCCAAGAAGCAUCUCAUCUUUAUUUGGUGUUGCCCUGUUAGGAGAAAUCCAACUUGAUUGUUUGUGUUGUGUUGGGCAACUGCUGUUUGAUUUUAGAUUUUAUACUCUUUGAGAGUGAUUCUGGAAAGGCCAAUAAUCACUUCCAUGGAGAAGCACGUUGUUUCUCCCCAUAAGUGAUUCUCGCCCUCUCAUAAUCACUCCCAAACAAGCCCUAAUAUUAUUAUAAAUGUUAUAAAAAUAAUCGUAGUAUGAAAAGUACCACUGAAUAUUGGGAGUGGAAUUGUAUUUGCUCUUGUGGUUUUUAUACUAAUAGAAUUUCCUCUUAGAUAGAA